AUGGGCCCCCAAGGAUCCAUGGACCACAGGUUGAGAACCACUGCAGGUUUGAUUGGCUUCCCAGGAAGAGAGGGUACUGCAGGGUCACCAGGACCUCCAGGACCUCCAGGCUCACCAGGUACUUCAGGCACUCCAGGAGUAAAGGGUGACAAGGGGGACAUAGGUAUUGGACAACCAGGACCUAGAGGAGAACGAGGAGAUCCAGGAACUCGGGGUGAAGAUGGGCGCCCAGGUCUGGAGGGAGAUCGAGGGCCUGCUGGCCCUCCUGGAAACAGAGGGGAAAGAGGUGACAAAGGCGACAUUGGGGUUAUGGGGCUGAAAGGAGACAAAGGAGAUACUGUCAUUGUGGAAGGCCCAGCAGGUCUCCGAGGGAAUAAAGGAGAACCAGGAGAACGUGGCCUAAAAGGAAUGGAAGGGGAGAAGGGUGACAAAGGAGAUCACGGAAUAAUUGGAGAGAAGGGAGUAAAGGGUGAACAAGGUGAAAAAGGAUCCACAGGCUUCCCUGGUGCACGAGGACCCAGUGGGCAAAAGGCAAGAGAUUAUUUCUUCAUUCAUGGUUGUAUAUCUACUGGAUGGUUUUAUUUUCCUAUCAGUUAUUUAUAUACUGGCUGUUUUCCUUUACAUAGGGAGAGAUUGGUAAAUCAGGAGAACCAGGAGAGCCGGUGA